AGAUUUUCAAAUGUCAAAAAUUAUUACAAUUUUUACCGUGGUUUAUUUUUUUCCAAAUGAAAUAAACCCAAAUCUCUGCAUUUAAUAAUUAUUUAGAGGAGAAACAUCGAAGAAUUUUCUUCCAAAAUGUUGCGGAGUUUUACUUCCUUAGCCAUAACCAGGCUACCAACAGUAGUUGCCGUACAACACAUGUCAGUCUAUCCUCCUACCUAUGUUGAUCCUGUGUUCAAGAAGCAAAAGCAGGCUUUCCUAAGGGAAACUGGAGAACACUUGAAACUGGCUCACUUGCCAAUCAAACCAGCACGAAAUAAUGAUACCUCUUCGGUGUUUCACGAUGAUAUUUUGAGCAAAUUUACAAAUUACGUAAUGCGCAAAGGCAAAAAGGUCCUGGCGCGGGAUUUGAUGAAGAGAACUUUUGAAAAUAUCAAACGAAUUCAAUUGGAACGCUAUAAUCUAGCCGAUGACCCGGAGGAGAAGUCAAAGAUCGAAACAAAUCCAUUGAAGAUCUUACAUACGGCAAUAGAGAAUUGCCGGCCGCUCCUGCAAUUGACACCAAUAAAAAGAGGAGGUGUUACCUAUCAGGUCCCAGUGCCAGUCACCGAUAAGAGGUCAUACUUCCUCUCGAUGAACUGGCUUAUUGAGUCUGCCCAGGAGAAGGAGAAAAGUGUUCAUCUUCCAGAGAAGCUGGCUUGGGAGUUAUUGGAUGCUGCUUCUGGUCAAGGACGUGUUGUGAAGAAGAAGCAAGAUCUCCAUAAGCAGGCUGAAGCUAACCGUGCUUAUGCUCACUACAGAUGGAGUUAGAUGUUAGAUUUAAUUUGUCUCUGAUUUGUUACUACUUUAUUUUGUUUGACAAAAUAAAAAAAAGAAAAACUUAAA